AUGCCUCCUAUCAAUCGCCUUCCGGCGUCUCCGGGCGAUGCUGAUGCUGAUGCUGAUCUUGCGCGAGCUUUCCAAGAACUAGCAAAGGGCGAGAGAACAGCUUCAGCAAUGGAGACACAGCUCACAGCUCUGGAGCGCAAGAUUGACGAGUUGCUUGCUACGGUCGCCAGCGCCGAUGACCGGGGCGCAGAAGUAGACCGAGCAAGCACCGAGACAAUAGGCAAUGUUACCGGUGCAGGCGAGGAUCAGUCCGAGAGGAAGUAA